AUAUCUCAUUCUGUUUUUUUUUUGCCACAUUUUCUUUUCACAAUUCUUAAAUUCUCUUGCACAGGAUGGUGAUUUCAUAGAGGUAUUAAUGUUCAUCCUGUUCUAUGUAUUUUUUUCUUGUUCGUUAUUUAUUUGAUGAUCUUCUUCUCAUCAAACAAAAAAUGCGUUAUUGUUUGCAGAGAAUUCGAAGAAGGUUCGAGAGAUGGGUUUCAUUAGCACUAUAAUGGGUCUUUUUGGGUUCGGAUUUGGGAUCACAAUUGGUCUGCUGAUCGGAUAUUUUUUGUUCAUUUACGUCCAGCCCACAAAUGUCAAGGAGCCCCAUAUACGUCCCUUGGCAGAACAAGACUCUGAUUGCCUUCAGAGACUCCUCCCAGAAAUACCACUUUGGGUGAAAAAUCCCGAUUUCGACCGGCUGGAUUGGCUUAACAGAUUUGUUGAAACCAUGUGGCCAUAUUUGGACAAGGCAAUUUGCAAGACAGUGAAACAGAUAGCAGAUCCCAUAAUAGCUGAGCAAAUUCCUAAGUUCAAAAUUGAUUCAGUGGAUUUUGAAGAGCUUACACUAGGCAGCCUACCACCUACUUUUCAAGGAAUGAAAGUGUUUUCUACUGACGAAAAGGAACUGAUUAUGGAACUAGCCUUAAAGUGGGCUGGUAAUCCCAACAUCCUCGUGGCCGUCAAAGCAUUUGGGCUGAAAGUCACUGCUCAGGUGUUGGACCUGCAAGUAUUUGCUUUGCCACGUAUUACCCUGAAGCCACUGGUUCCAAGUUUCCCCUGUUUUGCAAAAAUACUUGUGUCACUCAUGGAAAAGCCUCAUGUUGACUUUGGACUAAAAUUGUUAGGAGCUGAUGUUAUGUCCAUUCCUGGCCUUUAUACAUUUGUUCAGGAAAUUGUAAAAGAACAGGUUGGUAACAUGUAUCUGUGGCCAAAAACACUUGAUGUCCAAAUAAUGGAUCCUGCAAGAGCAAUGCAGAGGCCAGUUGGGAUUCUUAAUGUUAAGGUUGUGAGGGCAAUGAAGCUCAAGAAGAAAGACCUUUUGGGGGCUUCAGACCCAUACGUCAAACUUAAGCUCACCGAUGACAAACUCCCUUCAAAGAAAACAACCGUGAAGCACAAAAAUUUGAACCCAGAGUGGAACGAGGAGUUCAGUCUUGUUGUUAAGGACCCUCAGUCUCAGUCUUUAGAUAUCUCUGUCUAUGACUGGGAACAGGUUGGUACACAUGACAAGAUGGGUAUUAACACAGUCCCUUUGAAAGAUCUUAUAUCCACGCCAGAAGAACCCAAAGUACUGACGCUGGAUCUUCUAAAAACCCUUAAGCCGGACGACCCUCAGAAUGAGAAAUCGCGGGGGCAGAUUGUCCUUGAAGUCAUGUACAAACCAUUCACAGAGGAGCAGCAAAUGCCAUCUGCUGAGGACUCAUUGAAACAAGUGGAGGCAGCUCCUGAAGGAACACCUGACGGCGGUGGCUUGCUUGUAGUCAUUGUCCAUGAAGCUCAAGACCUUGAGGGGAAGCACCACACCAAUCCUUCUGUCCGUUUGAUUUUCAAAGGUGAAGAAAAAAGAACCAAGACUGUAAAGAAAAAUCGAGAUCCAAGAUGGGACGAAGAGUUCCAAUUCAUGUUAGACAAGCCGCCUACGAAUGAUAGGAUGCAUAUUGAAGUUGUUAGCACAUCUUCAAGGAUGGGUCUCAGAUAUCCCAAGGAAUCUCUUGGAUAUGUGAACAUACCACUAAUGGAUGUAGUUACCAACAAGAGAACAAAUGAGAGGUAUCACCUUAUUGACUCCAAGAAUGGUAGGCUUCAGGUUGAGUUACAGUGGAGAACCGCAUCUUAAUGAUCACAAGUGGUUUAUCUCCCAAAUCCUUUGGAAUUUCUUGAGAUCAUUCAUAGUAAUGGGUUCUCUUUUGAUUGGAUUGAGGGAGUUUAAUGGAUGAUGAGAAAGGGAAUGUGCAUGGAAGGGAGGAAGAACUCUCAUUUCUUCUUUGUUUACCUCAUGAGAAUGGAAAGCUUAUUUAUGUGGAGUUAGGAGGAGGGGAAGGAACCAGUUGUACCACGUACUCACACGUUUCACGGUUUAUUGAAAUUAUUUUUUAAAAAAUAGUUUUGCUACUC